GGGCACUGCCCUCCUCCCAGCGGCAGCAGGGCUGGCCCUCAGCCGGCGGAGUCCCAGGCUCCCGGGAGACGAGGGACGUGGCAGCUGCCGGGGAGGACGGGGUGACUCCCUCGGCCGGGCGGGGGCCGCGCUCCCGGAGCGCUUUCCGACGCCGUUUGUCUCCCGUCUCUUCCCGUUCGCAGGAGCAGCUGCUACUGCGCAACCCCAUCCCCGCCCGCUCCAGCGCCGCCACCUCUUCUGCGCUGCCCGCUAGCACAAGAGGAUAAAAACAGAAGUGGGUAGAAAGAAGAGCUGGAGGACCUUUGAAGAAAGCAUAACAAAAAGGGAAGACUUUGGACACAGGGUAGAGAAGACCAGAGAGACACCAGAGAACACAGCAAGACACAGAAGCCAAGAUACCAGAAGCUGAAAUAAUGAAUAACCAAGAGGCUGAUGUUCUGUGUUGCUGGAGUUGUAGAAAAUACAUAGCAAAUUCUGUUUGCCUUGCCAAAUGCAAUGGAAAAGAACUAUCUGAAACAUCACAAACUUCAGCUGCUGCUCAGGACUCUUGCAAUUUAGAUGCCAUUCCAGAGUGGGUGAAAUGUGUCAUUGAAAAGGCAGAGUGGACAAUUGGAAAACCGCACUGUCCAUUCUGUGAGGCCUGCUUAGUGGGCUUUAACUUUGUUUGCAACAAAAGAUAUUUCUGUGAACAGUUAGUAAAUAUACAUUUCUGCAAAGCUCAGACUGACUCUCAACCAUCUUUGUCUGUUAAAUUGUCAAAAUCAUGAGGAAAACAUUUGCCUGUCCUCAAAAAUCAGUCUGGUUUUAGUAAGGAUACCUGCCACAAAGUGUUAACUGCAACUUUGCAAAUCAAAAGUCAAGGACUUUCCUACAUGGCCAGAAAUAAUAAUGGUCCUGGAAGAUUAACAGAAGCGCUUUGUCUAGAAGUAAAAGCUCCAAGAUAUGAGAUGAAAAGUAAAAAGCUUCCCUUAAGGGCAUUAAAUCGGAAUAGAAAUCUCUCUUCUUCCUAUCCUAUAAAUGAUGCAUGCACUGUAAAACCUUUUCACAGAAGAUCACGUAGUUUGGAUUUACAUAUCAGAAAGAGACUGUUUUUGUCACCUGUGUUAUAUGAAACUUGCAGUAUGGGAAAAAUUUACCAUGGCCAAAAUGAAAACCCACCUGUUUACGCACAGGGUGGCUUGCAAUUAGAGUCCAGUAGGAAAGAUGGUAGUUCUUUUCAGUACCUGUGUAGUUCUAGUGCUGCCAAACUACAAAACCAAUUUCAAGUUACAUCCUUUACCACAUUACUGCACAGAGGAACAGAAAGUGAGUGUGAUUUUGGAGCUCAUGGACAAUCUUCUGCAAGUAUCGUUGCUGAUAAGUCACCAUUUGUGCUGAAACUUUCUUCACCUAUGAGGACUGUAGAAGACAAAGAGUACCUCACACCUGUUGGUCUUGUGCAGCCUACAAGUAUUUCCUUCAACCAAAAGCUGAGAAAGAGAGAAAGAAGCCUGAGGAGAAAGCAAAGAAGAUACAGAGUCUGUGUGCGGGCAUUCUUUGAAGAAAAAAGCCAGGAAGCCGGGCUUUUCUGGCUUCUCGUCCUGGUGAAGCCGAUCACUGGUCUCAGCUGGCUUUGCACACUGCCUCGUGACUCCAGCCAGGACCUACUGUGUUUUCAUCGGAGAGCUCUGUGCCCACUGAGGGAGAGAGAAGAGAAGUCUUGAGACACCGUCACCUGGGAACAACAGUUUGGAUGGGAAAUAGAAGAAAAUGAGAACACUCGUGGAUCAAGACAGUUUAACAAGGGAAAGUAAAAGCUCUGUGUGCAAGCAGAGCAAAAAGAGGACUUUAUUUGCUUUUCUCAUCAGCAGUUGUCCAACCACUUCCAGGGAAGCAGAACCUAAGCACAUGCUUGCACAGAGAAAUAUCAUAAUCACAGACAUCCACCCUUCCUCUGCACCUCCCUGAGGACCUAUUGCUGAGUGCUGUGGUAUGGAUCACCUGUCUUGACUCUAUCAGAUCCCAGCCUCAAGCCCCAGCUUAUGUGAAGGAGAAAAGGAAGCAUUUGAAGGAAGGAAGUACUGUUCAGCAAUAGCCAAAACACGGGUGUGUUAUCAGCACUGUUUUGGCUACAAAUACAAAGCAAACCCAUAUAUCUAUGCCAUGUAUCUUCAUACUACAUAUGAAGAAAUUUUUUUAUUCCUGUCAUUGGUAGUAGUUCUAUAGCACACCUUCCUGAUUUUUCUCUGCAUUUUCUCCCCAGCGGCCUCUCCAGUUCCCAUCUGAGUCUGUUUCAUUGCCAUUUCGUAUGCUAUGUAUCCACCAAGUGAUCCGUGGUUAAAUAACUAAAGUUGACAGUGAUGGACUUCCGAGUUAAGACUGCACUCAGGCUUAAGCAGGACACAGUUCGCAUCGCUGAGUUUUUCUUUUUGGUUGUCUCCAUCAGUAAAACUUUAUUAAUUUCAAAGGUUUAUCUGCAGAAUGGGGACUAAGACUUCUUUUUAGUAACAAAAUGCUGGAUGCUAGAAGAUUUGAAUUUGUCAUGUGCACUUUAAGAAUUUGUGCUGGUUGUACCCUUCACAAAGACUUUAUGUUACAUCUUGUCCUUGAGGGCUUUAGCUUGCAUCCUCUAAGAUCCGAAAUGAAGUCCUAGCCUCCCACUUGUGUAAGUCGUAAAACAAGAAGUUUGUAGCCAAACAAGUUUCAUUCUUUUUCAGAUAGGCAGGUCUUUGAACAGUGCAAAAGUGAGCUUUGCUGCUCCAAACAUGCCCUGCUUUCGCCUGAAGAACUGACGUAAAUAAUACAUCUAAAAAUGCUCACAGUUUAUCGGCUACAAACUCACAUUAAGGAGGCAACCAACACAGCACAAUAAAAUUAAAUGGCAUGGAUUUCCUUUGUGUGCUUCACUGUAUAGAGUCUUUUGUCUUUGCAUGUUAUGUUUCCUCAUUAGAAAAGACUUUUUCUGCUCUGCUAAACUAGGACAUAGGAUGCUGCCCACAUUAAGGAGAUCAAAAUUAGUAGCUAACUUUGGAAAGUUUCCAAGACCUCGCUUGAGAGUCCUGGGAUUAUGAGGGAUGCUCCUGUGUGAGAUCUAUUCUCUACUGAAGUCUAGUAGGAUUAUUUUUAUAGUUUUUCCAAUUUUUCCCUCACUAUUACACUAGAUGCUAAGUAAGAAAUAGUAUCUUUUCCUCCUGUCAGUAUAGAUAAUUAAAAAUGAAACCAUUUUUAACUAACAUGUUAAUAGUAGUGGAGAGUGUUAGAAAUCUGUUGAAUUUUUCAAAAAGAGGAUAUAUAUUCUGGUAUCAAACUUGAGUACAGUACUUUGCCACAAAAAUAAAUUGUAGCUCAUUUUACAUCAUUUAGAACAAUGAGUCUGAAAUAACUCUUCCUGAUGUUCUUUUCUUCCUGUGUUUAUUUUGAACUGCUUGUCACAUAAAAACAUUGUAAGCUGUGUGUUUCAGUUUUCUUUAUAUUUCUACAAAUUUCCAAACUGUUUUAUAUCUUCUUAAUGUCUGUCUUGCAGACAUCCUGUCCUAUUUUCAGGAUGUCAGCUGUGAAAUUUUUGAGAUGCCUUGUCUAUUGAUGAUUAAUUACUUUGUAUGUUGGCUAUCAUAGUUAGAUCCAAGUAUUCAUUAUGUCAUAUAUCUAGGUUGGGUCAAAUACGUGAAGUAUAGGGCAAUAUAUUCACUUCAGUAAAUCCAUCUAUCUUGAGAAUUUUAAUUAAUGUAUAAUGAAUAUAUUAGUUUGUUGCACAAGAAGUUAAACUUUUUAGAAAAGGUUUAUCAGUGCUAAGCUAAAUCCAAAGUUUCAGAUUAAUUUUGGAUGUGAGAGGAUGAUCAUGUUUAAGGUGGAUUUUUUUUUUCUAGGCUAUUUUCUGAAAAAAUUUAACCCUUAAACAAAAGGUUUGCCUUCAUCUAAGGAUCACAAAUCGUACUUCAUGGUAACAUUGUCUUCAUCAAAAGAUAAGUUACUGCUAAGAUUCAAUUUUCUGUUGGUGAAUGUGUGGCACCAACAUUAGUAGUUGUAUCCUACUUUUUUAAUCCAGGCAGAGGGAUGUGAAAUAGCAGAUGUUCAGCUUGAUUUUUCUAUUACAGCUUCCUGCAAUUCCAAAGAAAAGCUUUAAACACUGAUUUAUUUUUUUUUCUGGGAGGGUGGAUUUUCAUAUUCAAUUUCUGAGAGGCCCUGUGAGAUACUUCCUUAGAAUAAAAAUCUGCAGUAUUAAACUGUAGCAGAGAAAAAAGAUUGAAAUCUCCAGAGGCCAUUAUUUAGACCCCUCAAGAUUUUUAUAGGAAGGCUCAUGACAAAUGUUGCCACCCUAAAAUUUAAAACAGCCUCACCGUCUUCAUAAAUAACUUCUGGGGAAAAUGAAGUACAGUACAAUAUCUUCCUUAUACAAUACAGAAAAUUCAAGUAUUGCAUAAAAUAAAGUCUGAAUAUUUUAAUACCUGUUCAGGGAGUGUAGUUUGCUCUGCGUGAAAUUAAAUAUUUAUGGAAAUAUACAGGAGAUUACUAAUGAUCACCCAAAGAUGCAUGAAUGCAUACAAAAUUUUUUACUUAUACUAUGAAAUAAAAAAUAAGCCAUCAUUUGUUUCUGUUCUGUUUAUCAGACAGAAAAGAUUUGGAUAACAGCAGCUUAAAUGAAGUAUCUGGAAAGAUACUGUCAGAAUACUGACAGCUGACCCCUUUGAAUACAUCCAUGUCCAGUAGUGCCAGACUGAAGCAUCGAACAGUUAAAUUUGAGGAAAAAAAGCUUUUUCACAAUUUGGUUGACUUUGGAUAUGACUGAAUAAAACACCAAGUAAAGAAUGUAGUGCUUAUUGCUGAUAGCUGCCAAUAAAGCACCAUAGUUUAUAAUAAAACUUCUGAUAAAUUUUCAAUAAAGUGUCAUAAAGAAAAGGAGUUGAGAAGAGAUUCAUUAAUCAAAUUGGGUAUCCAGAUAUUAUUUGUCAGAAAAAACAAUAUAGAGAACACUUGGACUGCAUUUUGUUACUGCUUCACCUGGAUUAUAUUUUUAAACAGCGCAGGUUCAGAUUUCAAUGUCAGUCUCCAAAGAUUGCAUGAAAAGAAUCAAAAACAGGGACUUUUUUUCUAUUGCUGCAUGAAGACAUCUGAAACACGUGUGUAUCUUGGUAGCUUAUUGUUUUAACUUUGCAUUAAAAUGUCUACUACAGAUGGACUACAAACUGCAAGUUUUACCGAGUCAGAUAAUUGUGUUAUCAAAAUGGAGAAAGAAGUCUUGUUUUUCUUGUUGUUGAUGGCUCUUAGAGUCUUAACAUUAAAUAAUUUUUUACUUUUAAAAGUGUCCUUUACAACUUAGAGAAAAUCUCCAGGAAAGCAAUACAAGUUCUGUAGGAAAUCAAACAGAUUUGGACUUGUAAAUUUGUAGUAAUGCAAAAUCUGACAUAAUAUUCCUGGGUUGUUUUUUUUUAAUAGAAACAGAUA